UAUCGAACGCGUUGGAUUUGCCGCGCGAGAAACAGAACGUCUGGAGUGUUGAGCUGUCAAUCAAACCGAAAGUAAAAAGCCUAUAUAAACACACACACACUAAACAAACACUAACCAGUCUGACUCUUGAACAGUAAGCAUUAACAGCUUUUGUAUCUUGCUGUAUCAAAACAUGGGCAUCUUCUUCUCCAACCUUUACUCGCGUCUCUUUAAGAAGAAAGACAUGAGGUUGCUUAUGGUUGGUCUGGAUGCAGCUGGGAAAACAACAGUCCUCUACAAACUCAAACUUGGCGAAGUUGUCACAACUAUUCCAACUAUUGGUUUUAAUGUGGAGACGGUUGAUUAUAAAAACAUCUCGUUCACUGUUUGGGAUAUUGGUGGUCAGAGUUUAAUUCGAGGUCUCUGGAGACAUUACUAUCACUACACUCAGGGUCUGAUCUUUGUGGUGGACAGCUGUGAUCGUGACCGGAUUGAAACAGCAGCAGAGGAACUAAAGGCGAUGCUGGCGGAGGACGAGAUGAGAGACGCGGUUCUGUUAGUUCUUGCUAACAAGCAGGAUUUACCCAAAGCCAUGGCAGUCCCCGAGCUGACAGACAGACUGGGUUUACACACACUGAGAGGACGACAGUGGUUUGUUCAGGCCACAUGUGCGGUUCAAGGGUCAGGUUUAUAUGAAGGACUGGAUUGGCUCUCGGAUCAACUGUCCAGACGACCGUAAUGCUGGAACUUUACUUUUGGGUUUUUGUGGCAUGAUACUUCUACACUAACACAUCCUGUGAUUGAAUGUAACAGCCUCCAGCUGUUUAUUAUCUGAAAUGCAUUUUUGAUUUAUUAAUGUUAAAUCAUAAACGGCACAUUCUAUCGGUUCUAUGAGGUUACUUCUGAAAACAUGUUUUAAAACACUGAAAGAAACAAACUUUGAAUGACUUAUGUUUAUGUGUUUGGUUUUAUCUGGAUUUUGAAAGAAUAAGCUGAUGUCUGCCUGAGAGUUAUAUAUGUAUAUAUAUAUGUAUAUGUGUGUGCAUGUGUGUGUGUGCAUGUGUGUGUGU